AUGUGUUCCGUGUCCCAUCUGACCUCCGCUUCAGUCUUGACAACUCCCCUCAUCAACUGGCCUCGAAUUAAGACCAUCGCCAGAGUGCCUGGCGAUGAAAUUGAUGAACAAUGGAAAACCCUCUUGCCUAAGUACGAUGUUGGUGAUACCCUAGUAACAUUGAGUAGGAUAAUUUAUAGGAAAUCGGAGGGGGACGGGAAGUUGCUCAACCCAGUUCUAUUCCAGGAUAAGCUCGCCAGGACGUCUAAUUCAAGAGGGUGUGAGAAGUUUAGGAACUUGGCAAAAAUUUCUAGGCCGAAAAAGAAGAGAAAAAAGCUUGAAGUGGAUAGUGAUAAUAGUGAUAAGAGGGAGAAAAGAGGGGUUGGCAGGAAUGAGAUGGGACUGCUGGAGGUGGUUACAGAGGAAGAGGACAGUGGAGGGGAUGAUUUAAGUAGUUUGUUAGGGGAGGAAUUUAAGGGGAAAAAUGGAACGCCUGAACAGGUUGCUACUUUUGGACGAGAGAGAAUGUCACUCGCCAAAAAUGGAAGGACAUUUCAUCUGGUUGGCACCCAUAUGGUUGGCAAGGUUUCUCUUCAUUGGAGCGAUCUUCAUAAAUUUGGUGAGGUUCAUGGUCAUGAUUUCAUCCAGAUGUAUUCAAGGGAAUAUUCUAAAGAAACCACACAGAUAAACAAAGAACCUUGCCUAGGAUUUAUGUUUAUGGGUUCUCUAAAGCUCGGGAUCCAGAAUUCGACUUUCACGAGCAAAUUAGAAUUGCACUGCCAGAGGUUGCUUUUGAGGUACAGAUGCGCAUGGUUUGGAUUGUAG